AUGGCGGACAAGUUGUCGGAUAUUGAACUUGUGGAAGAAUUGAACCGAUUCGGGGAAGAAGUGAAAAAGCCUAUCGAUAGGAAGAGGAGGCCCUUAUUAGUUAAGAAACUAAAUCAUCUAAGGGCACGAGAAAAUGCUUCAACCAGGGCGAAGAAAACAACUAAUACACGGAAAAAACAGAACGUUGAAUUCAGUUCCGAAGAUGAAAGCGAAAUUGAAGACGUUGCGGCGCCAACUACUGCGAGUCGGUUACCGGGUAGGAAAUCACUAAGACAAAACACAUCCGCAUACUCAAGUAUUACAGAUACUAUAGAAAUGUCACCUAGCACUAAACGAACAAAUUUCAGAUCUCGACGAAGUAUAACUAUUGCUAAAGAUCAGUCCACGCCUGUAGUUAACAACUCGAACACACCGGGUCCAUCAGGUUCACCCAGAUUAUACCCCGAUCUCAGCCGUUUUUCUGACACCGAUAACACAAAUUCCAAAGGAAAAGGAUGGAAAUACCAAAGAAAUGCCAAAGACGAAGAAGAUUCGUAUGAUUUUAAAGGUGAUUUCUCCGACUCUGAUCCAGACGAAAGCACAUACGAGGUAGUUAACAAGUCAAUGAACACAACAUUUACUGUUGCCGACAGUGAAACAAGAAAUGAGGAGGAUGAGGACGACGAUGCAGAUGAUGGAGAAAGUAUUAAUGAUAUCAGAGAUUAUAAUACUAGGUUUUCAACAAGACUUCGUAAUCGCCAUGAAGGAAGCAAAAAUAACUCAAGUAAAAUAACUUCAACAUCACAAACAAAAAAGAGCAAAACAGCAAAUCAUGUCAAUUCUUUUACUGAGGAAGAAAUAAGACAAUAUGGUUUCAAAACACAUGAAGAUUCACGUAAAAUGAAACCACAAGUGGCAAGUUAUGUUUCCACAGGGAUUCUCAUUAUUGUAGUGGUGUUCUUUGCCUCCCUUGGAAUGUUAUAUAUGUAUAUGCGAGGUGAUCUCCUUCAUGGAAUCAGUAGUGUCUUCAGCAGUGCUAGUACAGAUGACUUUGUCAAGCUACCAAUGUGCACAGACAUGAGUGAAAAUGAUAACAGAAACUGCUACUCUGAGGACGAGGCAUCUAUUGCAUUGAAAAUGGUCAGCACAUUGGAAUCCUUCUUAAAAUCUAAAGCAGGAGAGAAUGGAAAUCCAAGCUGUACUGUUAAAGAAGCUGAAAAAGAAGUCCUGGAGCUAUUGAAAGAGAUGAAUGACACAAAGAAAGUUUUCAAUGGUACCUUGAGUCUUAUCCUGAAGAACCCUGAUUGGAAUAUAAGGGCGAAGACCCCGGGUAAUGCUUUUGCAACAACUGUUGCUGAUAUCUCUCGUCUGGAGACUGAUCCGGAGCUGUCCUUGUUGGCUAGAAUCUAUGGUUCUCUGUACAAGAUCCUUAUGGGAGCAGUGCUUUUACUCAUCUGUUUUAUAGUAAUGAUGAUUGGAGUGCUUGUACUAAGACAUCGACAGAGGUCAAAAGAGGAAGAGAGGAAAAAGGUCUUUGAAAUUGUGGAGAAGAUCAUAGACAUGGUAAAGGAGAACUAUGAUAUGAAUGAACAAGAUAGCCACCAGCCACCCUAUAUGGCCAUCCAACAUGUUCGGGACCAGCUCCUCCCACCUUCACAGAGGAAGAGCAUGGUUCCACUGUGGGAGAAAGCUGUUAAGUUUAUUGAGGCUAAUGAGUCGAGGAUCCGUGUUGAGACUCAGAACAUCCAGGGCGAGGACUUCAUCGUUUGGCGUUGGCUACCGUCAAAUUCAACCUGUGGAAAAGUUUGGCAGGGCCAAGCUUUUGGAGAGAACAAUGUAUCUGCUGGUAAUACACUCCAGUAUAGCCCGACUCCGUGUCUGAAGAUCCGAAAUAUGUUUGAUGCUGAUGUGGAGACAGCGGAUGACUGGGAUGUGAAUGUUCAGGAUGCUGUAUUAGAAAAGUGUAAAGGAAUCACUGGUAUUCUACACAUUUUUGUGGACAGAGCCUCGAGUCAGGGUUGUGUUUACAUGAAGUGUAACAGUUGUGAAACAGCAUACCAGGUGUAUCGUUCCCUCCAUGGCUGGUGGUUUGAUGGUCGCCUGGUGACUGUGAAGUAUCUCCGUCUGGAACUUUAUCAUGAUCGCUUUCCCAACUCUAAGAAAAAUACAAAGCCCCUGCUGCCUUCAAAUAACAGCAUGGCAUCACUUUCCCAUCCUUACCAUCGCUCACUGCUCGAGAUGACAUAGACUCAUAAGUACUAUGUGGUGCUAGAUCAUCUUGUAUGUAUCUACAAAUCAAUAUUGAUUGUUGGUCAUACUGAGAAUACUGAAGGAUCAAGUGAUACAAAUUGUACAUUGUACAUUAGUAGUGCCUUGUAUGUCAUCAGAGUUUAAACAUAUGUUGUCAGUGCAUGUACAAGUUUGUGAAAUAUGUAAUCAGCCAUGUGGAUUUUUUGCCUUUAUAUUUAUCAUUGGGUAACAACACUGCUAGCACUAACUGACAUUUUAUUUUAGCUUUGAUGAAUACGCAGUCAUUCAAUUUUCAAAUCGGUCUUUCUUUCAUACCAGUAUGAAACUUAAGAUAUUCGUAUGAAAGCUUAAAAUUGAUAUAUAAGAUACGUUUCAAAACCAAAAAUAACACAUAGAUGUAUAAAAUUGAUGAAGGGUGAUUUUAUAAAAAAAAUUGCUAUGCAGAAGAGCUUGUGUGAUAAUGAUUCGACAUUCAAGCCACUUUUAGUCAUUCAAAAUUCAUUCUUGAGUAAGUGCAUCACAUUUCAAACAGCAAUGUAAAGUGUUACACAGCUCCCACAACUCCUAUGUGACAGGUGGUUUGUUUACAUUGUUACUUGGAAAGAGUACUGUUGGUUUAUAAGCAGUAGCGAUUUGUGACAAAUGGUGAGUGUGAGAAGAGCAACUUGGCUAGCACUCCCCGCUGAUCCUGAUACAACUUUUAAGGUGUUAUAGUUGUAUGCUAGAUUCUGAUCUUAUUUACCACUAAGAAAAGCCAAAGACACCAUCAAGACUGAAAUCCAUCCUGUAAUCGCAAGUUGAACACAAAAUUAAUAAGCAGACGUUUUGAUCUUGUAGUGUAAUAUUGCUUUUACCCCAAAAUGUGUAAAAAAAUUAUCUGACAGACUUUUUCUCUUGAUAAAUCUGUUACUUAUUGGUUGUUUAUUUUUUGUGUACAUUGUAAAAUGUUCAAAUUGUUGAUGACGUAGUUAAUUUUUUUGUUUACAUCAUUGAAUGUGUAAACAGAUACAAAAAAGAAGUUCCACCAAAGCUGUGGUAGGGUGGUGUGUUGUCAUUGACUCCUCCAAUCAUUAUGAAGCAGGCUGACCUAGAUUUUUUUUUUGAGAAAUGGAAAAAAAAUUGGCAAAUCAGAAAACUGCAUCCUGGGUAUGUACAACAAAAAUUAUAACGGUAUGAAAUUCUAUUUCAAAACAAGGGAAUUGCUUUUGCCUUGUCUUUCAAGUUAAUUAGUUAAUCAAUAUGUUUGUAAUGCUACAUCCAAUUUUACAGAAAUUAAUUUUUUUCCCCUAUUAAUUCGUAAUUUUGUACAAAUUGAAAAAAAAAAACCCACUUAAACUCCAGGUUAAUUAUACCCAUGUAAAUACUGAUUUACAAAGUGGGCUAACAAACAAACAUUAUAAUGGUGUGUAUUUAAAGUUGAUUACAAGUGUUGUUACCCAACAUUUAUUUUUAUUUCUAGUUGUAUGAUUGUGUGUUUGUAAGAUUCUUGAUAAACUUAUUAGAUUUAAUAUUUUGGUCUUGAAUGUGGAAUGUACAAGAAAAAAACAUAGC